GCCAGUUCCGCCUAAGUUAUCCCUGUUGUCCAUGGAUGGAGCUAGUGUAGCUUAGCUAAUUUAAACUCUCCUGAGUGUGUCAGUGUUUCGUUUUGGGAUUGUAUCAUGAAGCGGGGAACGGGUUGACUGGGUUCCGUUUCAAUGUGUUGCGCUAACACGCUCAGCUCACAGACUCAGUCGGUUGGGGGAUUGAAGAGCUGUUUCUUUGGAAGUAAAACCUGUUGGAGAAGAUGAAGUAUGUGUAACGUAAACCCGGGCUAUAGCUGCGUGCCACCCGACAAAGCUCUCGUGUUCACCGGUUUCAUCUUCGGUUUGAAUUUCCAGCAGCACAAUGGAUGCCGAGGGAUAUAGAGGUGAUACGCGGCGUGCGGAAAGCGAGAACAUUUGGUAUGUGAUGCAGAAAUCGGGAGAUCUGGAUCCCAGGGCCAGAGAUGGCGAGAGUUGGAAGCUGGUGGAGGUUUUUCUUUCGGGAGGUGCACCCUGGGGGUUUACUCUCAGAGGAGGGCUGGAGCAUCGGGAACCACUGCUCAUAACAAAGGUUGAGGAGGGGAGCAAGGCAGCAGCCGUGAGUCUCCAGGUGGGAGACGAGCUUGUCAACAUCAACGAGAUUCCCCUGAGUGGCUUCAGGCAAGAGGCAAUCUGCCUCGUGAAGGGCUCCCACAAGACCCUCAGUCUGGUGGUUAAAAGGAGGAACGAACCCAUAAGCAGGCCCCACUCCUGGCACUCUACCAAGUUCAAUGAAAGCCAAUCAGGGUCUGUCAAAGGACAGUCUCCGCCCACGGCUGUCUGGCACACCAGAUAUGAUGCAAGUUCAUCUGCAACUGACCUCUCCUCUGACUGGGAGCAGACGAACCUCCACAGAGCGUCUGACCAGUUCAGCUCCCUGGGCAGCAUGGACAGCCUAGAGCAGGUUCCGCACCCAUUCCCGGCCGGUCAGCUGUCGCCCGCCAAGUCCAACAACAGCAUGGAGCACCUCGGAGGGGGAAAGCGAGACUCGGCCUACAGCUCCUUCUCCACCAGCUCCAGCACGCCCGACUACACCCUGUCAAAGAGCAACGCUGCGUCCACAGAGAACGUGCUCUAUAAAGUCAGCCAGUGGGACGCGGCGGGAGGAAAGCACAGCAACGGCAGGAACACUCAGAGCAUUUCCGCUGAGGGCGUCAGACAGGACGACCGGCUGACCUACUUCCAGAUGCCAGGAGCCUCUUCGGGUCCCGAUGCCCCUCACGCCGAGGACCCAGCCGGCUGCCGGCAUUCCGCUUCAAGCAGAACCAGCUUCGGACCCGUGUGGAACGUCCCUGAGAGAAAGAAGGCUGGAUCCCCCUCUCCUCCCCCUCCACCUCCCCCAGCACGCAGCGACAGCUUUGCCGCGACACGUGUGCACGAGAGAGGGCUGGUGGCGGCCCACUGCGAGGUAGCCGAGGGGUCACACCCGGCCUGCAAGGCUCCCUCCGAAAGCCGACGCAGCCACCACAUUUCCAUUAAGACGGAUGGUGAAAAUGUUCACACUUCGCCCGACAAAUUCGGUCCGAACCAGUUCAGCUCCAAUAAACAGCACUCCCUCUCCAGCACCGACGUCCGGCAAGGCCAAGCUCCCCACGUUGGCCAGCCCUUUCAUCAAAGACACCACAGCGACAAAAGCACUUUGUAUCCUCAGCCCUACUCUGUCCCGAAGCCACACAAUGUGGGCGGCUACUACAGCAGCCUGCAGGAGCUGCCCACAAACGGCUCCACGCCGCCCCCGACCCAGACGGAGAGCAGCGGGCCCAGCAGAUACUACUGCGUCACCACGUGUCAGCCCGCUCCGCCCAACUCGGCGGCUUUGUCCGGAAUUCCUGAGGACCGGAGGAGCGCCGCAGCCUCUGGACAGGCCGGUAAUGAGCGGAGCUCUGUCAGCCCGCAGACGGCCCCCAAAUCCAAAUAUCACCUGCCACACCAACAGCAACUCCCCACGCACGGUAAAGACAGUAAUGUGUACAACAAGCACCAACCCCGUGUGGAGAAAUCCAGUUCUGAUGAUCUGGAGGGCCAGAGAGGACACGGCACACAAAAUGCGGAGUACGUCGGGAAUCCCACGAGCAGACCGUCUGAGCAGCGUAGGUCCCUGCCACCGCAGCUCAAAGAUUUCCCCCAAGACACCCGAAAUCACAACAGGGUGAGCGACAAGAUCUGUCCCCAGGCAACGCCCAUGCUCCACUCCUUAUCCAUGGAUGCCGCCGGCCAGGAGGAGAAAGCAAGAGGCGCCAACUCCCUCGAGGAGUCCCUCGAAAGCAAGCAGGCGAAGCGCGGCGACCGUUUUGCCACCACUCUCAGAAAGGAGAUCCAGAUGAGACGAGCCAAACUGCAGAAAAGCAAGAGCGCCGCCUCCCUUCCUGUGGAUGAAUGCGAGCUGGAGGAGUAUCGGGAGGAGAGUUCCACCCCGACGUCGGCUGACGGGUCCUUCUCCAACUCGUACAAAGAUCAUUUGAAGGAAGCGCAAGCAAGGGUCCUCAAGGCUACCUCUUUCAGGAGGAGAGAUCUGGAGCCUGUCCUACCGGAGCACUCCGCGCCUGAGGCCCUCCCCAACUACGCAUCCUCGGCCCAAGCUCGCAAGGAUGUCAACCCUCUGCCGACUGUCUCGGAGUCAGUAGCGAGUAAUUCAGGACUGCCCAGUGGUCAAGUGACUCGCAUUGGUGGCCGCAAGCGUUUCCCUGUAGAGAAGAAGGUUAGAUCUUUCUCUGAACCCGACAAAAUCCACGAAGUCGGGGUCGUCGGCGAAGAAGCGAGCUCCCCUACAAACAAGCAAACACUCUUCAAAGAAAGUGUGAAAAUGGGAUUUCCUUAUCACUCGGCCCUUAAAAGCCAUAGCAAGAGCCAAGGCCAGGAUCUUCCUACCAGCAACGCACGAGAGAGCACAGUGAAAGACAUCAAGGCCAAGGCAGGGUCCAGUGAGGAUGUUGAAAGAGUCAGCUGCUUCACGCAGGCCGUCCAAGAUCAGCAAAGACUGGGCACGUUCGCCGAGUAUGAGGCAAGGUGGAAUGUACAGAGGAAACCGCCCGAGAAAAAAGCCUCCGGACGAUAUUGUUCGGCCGACAACAUAUUAGAUCCAGGGCCAGAAGAGAGAGCAAAGACCUCUUGCUUCCAUGAGAGAUCUCGUUCAUCUCCGUCUGCAGACAUCUAUGGGCAGAGGCUGCCAGUGCCUGCAAGAAAGUCUGAUCCAGAAUAUUCCCAGAGGGAGCGCAAACCCCCUGAGCUGCUCCACACCGAACAAGGGUUCCCCGAGGGCUCGGGUGACGGCGGAGUGCGAGCAAAACCGGCGGGGUUCGAAAAUGACUCGGUGACAAGCGCCCCGCCCAUGACGGGAGCCAAUCCCGACGGCAGACACCGAGCCGCUCCGGCCGCCGUCAACCACAGACCCACAUGCCCAGAGGUCGGCUCCCAGGAAUCCCUCAGCGGUUCCCAGAGCGAAGUCUUCGCCCACUUCUCCUCUAACUCAGCCUUUUACCCCACCCACUCCGCAAAGGGAGAUUCGGAGCAGGGCAGAGGGCUUACAGACAGAGGACAAGGGGCAGUACAUCAUCCGUUAGCAUCCAAUCCCCAGGCUGCCUCCCACAGACCCACCAUGGAGGGGCAGCGCUCCCCCUCUCCACAAUUCUCCCCGCAGAAACUCAGCGACAAGCCUCCGGCGUCGCUUCAGGACGAGGAGUCGGACAGGACGGAGCGCGUUCUGGACAACCCGAAUACCACAGCCAGAAAGGUGCCCAUUAAGAUCGUCCACUUGGGAGGAAACUCGGAGAAGGAGAGCUCUCCCUUCCUGCAGCAGAGUGAGCCGGCGCCCGCGGCACCCGAGGAGCACGGCGGGAGCAGGCUGGGAGCGCUGGGGGCCGCGGGCCAGGACUCGCUCUUCUGCGCCUUCACCCGCCACAGGGAGCCCGACGGCCUGACCAUUCAGGAGCCACCACCGCCCCCGCCGCCGCCCGCAGAGGAGCCCGGCGGCGGCCAGGCGGGCGAAGCGGCCGGGCUGAUGGAGGAGGAGGAGCAGAAGAGAGAGGAGCUGGCCAGGGACAUCAUGGGGAAGGACAAGUCCCUCGCCGACAUUCUGGAUCGGAGCAAGAUGAAGACCACCAUGGAUCUGAUGGAGGGCAUCUUCCCUCAGGGCGAGCAGCUGCUGGAGGGAGCCCAUCAGCGCAGGAAGGUGCAGACCAAGCAAAGCAACCCCCGGCCGGCCGAGGAGAGGGAAAAGGAGGAGGACACCGCGGCGGCUGUCACCAUGGUGACCAGCUCCACAUAUUACUGCACCUCUGCUCCCAAAGCCGAGCUCCUCAUCAAGAUGAAGGACAUGCAGGAGCAGAUCGAGGAGGAGGAGGACUCUGAGGACGAACUGGACAUUGACUUGGCCAACAAGAAGCAAGAGCUGAUCGACAGCCUCAGCAAGAAGCUCCAGGUGCUGCGCGAAGCCAGGGAGAGCCUCCAGGAGGACAUCCUGGACAACAACGCCCUGGGCGACGAGGUGGAGGCCCAGGUUCAGCAGGUCUGCAAGCCCAACGAGCUGGACAAGUUCAGGAUGUUUGUCGGGGACUUGGACAAGGUGGUGAGCCUACUGCUGUCCCUCUCGGGCCGCCUGGCCAGAGUGGAGAACGCUCUCAACAGCCUGGAGGAGGAUGCUACCCCCGAGGAGAGGCGCACGUUGGUUGAGAAGAGGAAGCUGUUGAUCCGACAGCACGAGGACGCGAAGGAGCUGAAGGAGAAUCUGGACCGCAGGGAAGGCGUGGUGUACGACAUCCUGUCCAACUACCUCCCCGAGGACAGCCUCACAGACUACGGGCACUUUGUGAAGAUGAAGUCGGCGCUCAUCAUCGAGCAGCGGAAGCUGGAGGACAAAAUCAAGCUGGGCGAGGAGCAGCUGAAGUGCCUCACGGACAGCCUGCCCCUGGAACAGAGACUGGCACUGUGAGGACCCAACAAAAGCUGCGCCUGAGCUCAGCCGCCAGUAGAGGGAGACAAAGGUCAGCUCCUGCAGCCCAAAGCCUGUCAGAGAAAGGUCUGCCCCCCCCCCGACUCCCUUUGACAAUGUGAGCAUCACGGCCUUUGAACUGGAUUACAAGGACAGCAACACUUAUAAGACUCUAUAAGUAGCUCCUAUUUGAAAGAUGUUGCUUUUCUUAGCAUCCACCAACCUCUAUAUCAUAUGUAUUGAAUGCUGGUUUUGCUUUGUUGUAUGUUUACUUUUUUUUUCUUCUUUAUUUUUUAGUAAUUUAUUGUAGCCUUUUGAAUCUGCGCAGAAGGGGUCAGUAUUUUGUUGUCAGCUGGUCCGAGUAGCCAUGCUACCCGGCGUGUUACAUGUGGUCACCCGCAAGUAUUUAUCACAUUUUAGCGUUGCGAACCGUUUCGCUCUGUAAGACAACGUUCCACUACGUCCGGAUCCAAUUCAGCGUCCAUUUCCUUGUUUAGCGCUGGUGGCCUUUUCCCACUACGGCUUUAAAACAUUUCCUCUGAACCCGAUAGGCCAACGUGAAGCCUGCCGGCUGAACGCUCCUGUCACAAGACGGCUAGGGACGCAUUCACUCAGCUUUACCAAACAGAUGAAGCACUUCUUUUUCAGACCCGAUGCACCUUUCAAUCUCCCUCUCCAGGCUCCGCCCAUCCCGAGCUGUUUGCCUUGUGCUGUGUGUGUAUUUUACUUUAUUACUUUUACUUUCAUUAACAAAGUACCAUGUUUGUCGCCUCUUGUUCAGUUCAAACAGGAAGAAAGUUGUUGGGUUCAUUAUUUUGCUGCCAAUUAUGGAACUAAAUGAUUGCACAACAAUUGGACCGAUCAGAUACCAGAAUGUCAGACGUAAACAGAUUAAGUCGGGCUCCCAAAAGGAAGGCCCAGUGGAGAAUGUUGGUUCGGCUUGUUUGAGUUUGUCCUGCGCCGGCUGCAUCCCGACUCUUUAAAACUGUCCGCCAGCUGUGCUCCUUCAUAUUAAAUAAAGAGUCUACUGAAAGCCCA